CCUUUCCUUUAGAUCUUUUAUUUUGAUUGAUGAGGCGUUUGAACGUUAUUAUCAGAAGAAAUCUAAAGAUUACAUUGCUCUUUCGAAAAGGGAAAAAAAGAAAGAAAAAAAGCAAAAAGGUUUCCUUCUAAAGCCACCAAAAUAAAAUCCCAUUCUUCCUCUCUCACGCUUUGUUGCCAAACAUACCAGAUCCCCCGCCACCAUUUACGCCUAAAUGGACCCACCUCCGCCGUCUACCACCACGGAUUCCCUCUUGGACCUGCCACCUCUUCCCACUUCCACCACCAAGGUCCGCCUUUUAUGCAGCUACGGUGGGCAUAUAGUUCAACGUCCCCACGAUAAAUCCCUCUGCUACGCCGGCGGUGACAACCGUGUCGUCUCCGUUGACCGUCGUACCACCGCCGCGUCCCUUUCCGCCCUUACUGCCCAUCUUUCCCGUUCCCUUUACGGCAACCGUCCGUUUUAUCUCAAAUACCAGCUUCCUAACGAGGAACUUGACUCUCUUAUCUCUGUCACAACCGAUGAGGACUUACAGAACAUGCUUGAGGAACACGAUAGGAUCACCUGUGGCUCUGUUACAUCUUCCCGUAUCAGGUUAUUUCUCUUUCCUGUAAAGCCUGAAUCCUUAGGCUCGGCUUUACUUGAUUCUAAAGCGGAUUCUUGGUUCUCCGAUGCUUUGAAUAAUACCCGGAUUGCUAGAAGGGGCCAAUCUACUGAUUCCGGUUUUGUGAAUGAGCUUAUCGGGUUUGAAAAUAUGGGUGGGUCUAAUUCUGCAGAGGGUCAGGGUGAAAAUUUGAGUGCCAAGCAAGGAUUGGAGCUUGGGGGUGGUUCAGUGCCUGAGUCUUUGGUUUUGGAGACUAGCUCAUCUUUUGGUUCGACCAGUUCUUCCAUUUCAAUGUCUAAUUUGCCUGCUAUUGGAGUUCAAUCCGAGGAUGGUGGUGCCAAUUUGCAGGACAAAAGGGUUAGAGUGCCCUCAUCAGCUUCACUAGAGAGUGAUAACAGUGUUGGAAGUACUAGUUUUCAACCAAAAGUUGGGAUUCACCAAGAGCCACUUGUUCAAGUUGUGUCCAGUAUGGCCUCACAUAGUCUUAUCGAAGUAGAAGGCUCCAUGGCAAAUCCCUCUCUCAUUCAGACGCCAAAAAUGGUUCAGGUUUCUGGUUAUCAAUUACCUCAGACAUUGGAUGGGAAGCAGCCGCAACAAGGCAUGCAAUAUGUUCAUGGUGGUGCCUGUUAUGUACCACACUAUCCUAGCGGUCCACUGCCAGUAUCAUCCUGUUAUCCGUUUUAUCAGCUUCCCAUGCAGCAGCCACAACAAAGUCCUUAUCCAAUGAAUCAACAAUACCCAAUAUACUUAGUUCCAGUGCAGCCAAUGCAAUCCCAGAGUAUGCCGGUGCAGCCAAACAUUAAUCAUACAGCAGUGAUUGGCCCCAAUCGCCCCCCCUUGCAUCCACAAAGUGUCAUGAGCCCUCCAUCAAUAGUUUAUAAGGAGGUUAUGACGGCUCAAUCAGUACCUGAGUUGGGUUCUAAAGUUUAUACAACAGUCCCAGCAGCAACACCACCCAUUAGUGCACCUUGUCAAAGUCAGCAACACUAUACUGCCCCUCCUGAGCCACAGCUUGGUUCCCAACCUAUCUUAACUGCAUCAGUUCCUGCUGCAAAUGAAGCAAAUGAGAUUGAGGAUGAUCUUGCAUACAGUCAGAUAUAUAAGUCUCAGCCUCCUCCACCCUCGUUCAUUUCCCAGUGCCAAACCAUUACAAAGGGGGCGGCAGUAUUACUUUCAGAGUCUUCAAUGCAGCUGCACAGUAACAAUGUGAUGAACCAGGCACCAUCACAUCCUCAGUGAGGCUGUGAAAAGAAGAGCAAAAGUUUUGAUAGUGGUUCAUCUUUUCUUAUAGUUCACAACUUUUAAAAUUUAUUCUUUCAUCUUGUUUGAGGCACAUAAACCAUAAGUUUUUCUUGUGCAAUUUGUUUGUCUCUUUAUAUAAUAUUUGGUAGUAUUUCCCAUACUCUGAGCGCAUCCCAACCAAAAAAAAAAAAGAAAGAACAAAAAAAAAAGAAGGAAAUUUAGAAAUUGGUGGACUGAAAGUUUUGGUUUGUAUGUGUCAUGAUAUAUUUGAUGAAUAAUAGUGUUUUUAUUUA